CGAAGAUGAUGACAACUGCGCUUUAGUCUCACUUUUUGAAAGUAACGUCUACCGUCGCUAAAAUGAGGACUAUUUUCAUCGUAGCUACACUUUUAGUCUGCUUGGUCGUCUAUUCCGAACAGACCAGCAAACCAAAGUGCGGACCACAUCAGGUUUAUAAGACUUGUGGAACUGCGUGUCCUCGAGCAUGCGAUUCAUCCAAACAUCAUGCUUGUCCUGCUGUUUGUAAAAAGGGCUGCUUCUGUGGCAAGGGAUACGUAUUGGUAUCGAAAAAAUCGAAGUACUGUAUCCCCGAGAAAGAUUGUCCGAAAUGCCCCUAUCACAAUUCAUGUUAAAUAUAUUUUGUAAUUAUAUGUAAAAAAUAACGAUAUAUUAACUCCUUGUCCAAAACUGGGAUAUUCCUUGUAGGAUAUCCAUGUCAAGAAGUAUUAGGAUCGAAAAGAAUUAAUAGUGCUAUGAUAUAUCGUAAAUAAACAUAUACUUCCAUAAAAAUGUA